AUGGGAAACGAGGAGGUCGAUCUUAUAACGGUUGCUAAACCUCAGGAGAAACAAACUUUGUUACGUAAAUGGGAUAUACCGGUGGAAAAUCUAUCUUACGAAUAUAUCGCCAAGUGUACAAAUGUCAAGGAAAUAGAACGCAUAGUUUUGAUUCUCAGAUCCGGCGAAGAGGGAAUAUUUCCAGACCUGAUUAAACACGCGGAAAAAUGCCUCGCCAAAUUAAAACCGAACAGCAAAGUCCUCAGGGUCGAAGAGCCAGUUUUGACCCGUGCGAUGCUGGAUCCGGAAGAUCGGAAAUCGAUCGACGAAGACAUCGCUAAUUGGAUGAACGAAAUGCACACGAGAGAAAAAGAUCUCGAGGAGGGCAAGGCCCUGUCUUCGACCGCGGCGAUUCCGCAGCCGGAAAUUCGCGAGCCGCGCGCUGCGGCCAGAAAAAAAAUUUUAGAGUCUACGAAAAAUCGUGUCAAAUCCCAAAAAGCCAUAGCUUCCUGCGAUUACGCGGGAUGGGACAAAUUCGAUGCCGACGCCGAAUUGGACCGCAUCGAUUUACAGGAUGAGAAAAAACAGGCUGACGCAAAAAAUGCCCAACUUAUAAGGAAGGAGAAGUACGAGGAGGCUAAAAAAUUAUCCAAAGAAUCUAUCAUCGACAAACUAUCUUUAACGGCGACCGAACUCAGCGUAUUGGCGGAACAGGAGAGAAAUAUAGGAAACGAAGCUUUCAGAGCUGGAGAUUAUGAGGAAGCUUUGAUACGCUAUAAUUCUAGCAUUACGAUUAGUUCCACAAUAAACGCGUACAAUAAUCGAGCUAUAACGUAUAUUAAACUCGAGAGAUAUCAAGAUGCGGUUAACGAUUGUAACCUCGUUCUAACUAUGGAAUAUAACAACGUUACCGCCCUUAUGCGAAGGGCACUCGCCUCGGAGCAUCUCGAAAAAUAUUCACAGGCACUCGUCGAUUAUCAAUCGAUUCUUCGACUUGAGCCCAACAACAAGUUGGCUAUCGCCGGCGUUAAUAGAUUGAGAAAACCGUCCGAUUCGAAGAAAGUAAGGAUGAAAAUCGAAGAAGAAUCUGAAAAUGGGACGGAGAAAAAUACGGUUGACGUUGUAGAGAAGAAAGUUGAGUCCGAAAAAAAUUCUGACAAAUGUCAGAAAAUCGAAUUAUCGGAAACCAGAUUUAACUCGGUACCGGAAAUAUGCUUUUGCGACAGAGCGCCAAGUUUUUCUCGAAGCCCGAAACCACCCCCUCAUUACAAAAGUAGCUAUUGUUUGACCCAGUCGAAUUAUUGCGUUCCGAAAAAAUCCAAAAGCCAACAAUCGUUUCUUUCCGAUGUUAAAAUUUCGUCCCGUCAAACCGAACGUGACCGACCGUGCAAAUUAACCAUCGAGGAACUACCGAAUGACGACGAAAUUCGGGGUACGAAAAAUUCGAAGGUCGAUGCUAAGGUAAAAAGAGAAUCUAAACUGAAAAAUAAAGAUGAAAAAAUAGCUACUUUCAAGACCACGAAGGGAACUGAGAAGAAUAAAAGCGUCGAGAGAAUGACGAAUAAAAAUUCGAAUGGGAUGAAAAAAAAACCUGCGGAGCCGGUAACAAAACCGGAACAAAAGGCGCGUGGUACUCCGGAGAAAAAAAUUAACGCUCAGAAAAGCAAAUGCGAGAAAUCUAGCGCGGAUAGAGCAAAGAUAAAAGAGGUAGCGAACGAGGUGAAUCUUUCGGAUGGUCCUGGCAAAACCGAUCCUCUGGAAUCGAUCGGAUCUCCAUACGAAUUUCUUCGCAAUUGGCAGUCGUUGAAAAAUGACAAAGAUUUUUCGCAGCGAGCGCGACUUCUGCGUUCGCUCGCUCCCGAGGAUCUUUGCAACGUGAUAGGAAACAAAUUGGACGGCGACAUGUUCGCCGUUAUAAUGCGUUGUCUGGAUCGUCAUUUUUCGAAUAACGAAGAAAACUUAAAUUUGGCCGAACGAUUUCUCACGGCCCUUACAAAACUCAGUAGAUUCUCGAUCGUUCGAUUAUUCACGAACGCCGAAGAUAAAACAGUUCUCCGAAGGAUUUUCGAGGCGGUCGAUAAAAAAAUAUCGUCAACAGCCGCCGAUUCGCUGCGCAAUAUGUACGACCUGUAAACCGAUAGAGUCGGAAGGACAAAGAAGCACGAUAAAAUAAAAUUGUAAUUAUAACAAC